CCAGGCGCGUGUCCGCUGAGAAGGCACACGCCUGCGCGUGAAACAUGUUCGAGCCUUCCCUCUGUCUGGACCAUAGACUCAUCAUCCCGGACGGUAGCAGGACAACGCAGUAGCAUUUUGCCAGUGCUUCAUCGGGACAGAUGCUCAGAGGGGAACUAACGGCAUGUAAAAAGGCACUACAAACGUCCAGCACAUCUAUACUGAGCGUGAUGACAUCACUCUGGGAUUGUCUGACACUUCCCAAUCCCUAACCACAUUACCAUGGCAACAGGAAGAAAAGGCUCCACCUCGAAGGCCGGUGGGGUGCGUUUCCCUGACGACGACGAGCCCCCCGGCUCUCCAACACGGAAAGAUGACGAGUCAAACCUCUCUACUCUCAUUGCUAUCCCAGAGAAGGAUGGCAGCUACUUGGUCAAGGCUGGUUUCCUGAAGAGCCACCACUGUUAUGAGAUUGUCUUCACCAUCCCAGAUGUUCCCACACUGGGCAAAGAGCUCUCCUGUCUUCCUUCCUCCUCUCCAACUCGGAGGUUCCCCUGCCUCCGGGUCAAUCGUAUCGACUCCAUAGUGGAGAGAGGAGUAAAGGUAACGUGUGAGUACAGGACUCACCAGGAGGGGGUGCUGCAGGAGGAGCUCACUCUGGUAACCAGAGGGAGAAAGGGCAGCAGUCUGAAGGUCAGAUUCCAGGCCAGGGUCAUUGACCCACAACACGGGACUCCCAUGCUGCUGGAGGGGGUGAGAUGCCUGAGUGCUCGGAAAGACUCCCAUACAAAGCACAGCAGCGACUGUGAGAAGAUAUGAUGAAAAGAUACACAGAUAUCAUGUAUAUAAAUCUAAAACAAUGUGAUUCAGAGACUGGGUUAAGGCCCAGCGUGAUAGUAUAGGAACACUAACAUAUGGUGCCCUAAUUGGAAACAGCUUCAUUUGACUGGUAAAUAAUGGGAUGUGCUAUGUACUAUUUUUUUUUUUAAUAGUGAAAUUUCAAAAUAUUUGUUGGAAAAAUACAGGUCAAACAAAUACUGAAA